CAAGGUAGCCUACAUAUACCAGCCUGCGUGCUUGUGAGCUCGAUCAGCAGCUUUGCGUCACCAUUCGACCUUGAGCCACAAUUUGAUUCUCACCCUCAGACCGAGACGGAUUGCUUUGAUUCUGAAGAAGUCUGUGUGGGCCACUACAAAGCUCCGCAUCACCGCAUUGCAGCAUUUUGCACUUUAGGAAGCAUUGUGGUGGACAUUCCGCCAGGGUCGAUCCGGUGGGCUCAAAUGGUUGGGACGUCUUGAGGCGGAGGCAUGGAGUUGCCUCUUUCCCGCCUGCUCUUUGCCUUGCUCUUCUCAGCGUAUCUGGCCAGACGUUCUAUCAAAAACAAGUCCUUGUCAAAGUCGGGCGCUGUUGCGGGGGUGCUUGUUGGAUUCAUCUCAUUCAUUGUAGGCUUCAGGUAUGGUGCCACUCUUGUGGCUUUCUACCUCAGCUCAUCUAAGUUGACUAAGUACAAGGCCUCUGUCAAGAAGACAAUUGAAGCAGAGUUCAAGGAAGGGGGCCAGCGGAACUGGAUCCAAGUGUUUGCAAACAGCCUAGUUGGGACUGUCCUCGCUAUCAGCAUCGCUGUUCGGACUGGGGGCAGAGACCCCUUCUUUGAUGCCAGAAGUGACCCCAUCACGACGGCUCUGCUGGGUGGAUACCUGGGCUUUUAUGCGGCGUGUAUAGGGGACACUUGGUCAAGCGAGUUGGGGAUCUUGAGCACUGGGAAUCCGAGGCUGGUUACCACCCUUAAGGUCGUUCCGAAGGGCACAAACGGGGGCGUAAGCGGCGUUGGGACCGCCGCCAGUGUGGCAGGGGGCCUCUUUCUUGGCGUCAUCUUCUAUGGUGUUGGUCUGCUGACGACCGGGGGGUUUGGUCAAGCAGACGGGGCGGGAGCAGAGCAGUGGAAAGCGGUGCCGGUGGCGGCGUGGGCGGGAUUGGCCGGAAGUCUAGUGGACAGCCUACUGGGGGCCACGCUGCAGUACAGCGGCCUGGACGGGAAGCUAAAAAAGGUCGUGCAACAUCCUGGUCCGGGGGUGACGCAAAUAACGGGUUUGCAUCUAUUGAACAACGAAGGCGUAAAUUUCGUUGCUUCAGCUACUACGGCCGCUCUGACUGCAGGUUUAUCACUGCUCGUCUUUUGAAGUUGAUCUUGUGACACCAUGUCAUCCAAAUCCAUAGCUGUUCUCAUAUCUCCCUCAUGUUACCUGCUUGCGGUGCAAAGCCAACGCGCGAGUUACACUUUGAACAAGGUGUGUAGCUGGA